AACUCUUUAUUCUGUGGAAGUUUGAGGAGCAUUUUCUAUUGGCUGUGAGCACUCAACAGGAGCUUUGAGGGGAGGAGGGAGGGAGGUGAUGCCGCUAUAAGGCCGACAAGGAUCCUGUCUGAAGGUAAAGGGCCCACCCAAGACAGCAAGAUUGAGUUCAGCAUUCUCCACACUUGAUUUUUAUUUUUUUUUAUUUUUGUAGCCUACAUUAUAUCAGCAAUGACAGCAAAAACCAAACUUUUGCACUGGUCAGAUGGAAAAUUUCGGGGACGGGCGGAUGAUUUUUCUCUCUCUGAACAUCCGAGGUUGACCCGCAGUGACCCGCGGGCCUGGAUGACCUCCGCGACCCCCGCGUACUCAGCCGCAGGUGACCACUACGCUCACACGUCGGUGGAUGCCGCCAUGGACAAGUACAUGUCUGGAGACAACAGUCCUUUGACAGCGGAAUCUGAUCUGGAAGGAUCUAAAGCACAUGGGGGGACCAAGCAAAAUCUAACCGGACCUCAAAGACACAGACGCGUGGCUGCUAAUGCGAGAGAAAGGCGGAGGAUGCACGGACUGAACCGAGCAUUUGACAAACUGAGGAGCGUCAUUCCUUCCUUGGAGAACGAGAAAAAACUGUCUAAAUAUGACACCCUUCAGAUGGCGCAGAUUUACAUCACAGAACUGUCCGAGUUGUUGGAAGGUGUUGUGCAGUCGGAUUGCAGAGGUCUGAGGGACGGAUGCAGCCCAUCUGGCAACCAUGGUAACCUUGGUCAGAGGAGUUCAGCUCAGACUUUGAGGACCAGCAUCCCUUACGCACUGGACGCACCUUCUUCUAAUUUUGUUCCGGAGAAAAAUGAUGUCACGUCAAAUGCGAGUGAUGGCGAAUCGUCCCAUUUCAGCGACAUCGAGGAAGGUCAGACUGGUGGACGCUGAUGGCUUUGCUGGAUUGACUUUGAGACUGUGGCACUCUGCUUAAUCAUAAUUUAUUUGUCUGUGUUUUAGUAGACACUGAAAGAACCAAAUAGAUAGGCCCUGUGGAUAAUGGUUAGUUCUUCUAGAAAAUGCUUCAUUAUUUGAUUGACAAAAUUUCUGAAAACUCAAAAAAAAAAAAAAAAAAAAAAAAAAAAAAAAAAGGGAAGGAAAAAGCUAUACAAGCCCUUUAGUUGCACUUUAAGACAGACACUUGCCUAAAUUUGGAUUUUUCCAUUCCACAUGUACAAAACCUUCAUCAGUAAUGACAAAAAUGCUAUUUAUGUCUCUUUGUGAUUUUUUUAUUACCUCAAAAGUUUAAUAAAGAUUUUCUUUACAUAUA